ACCCCCUACUUUCUUUCUCUCCCUCCUCCUGGCUCGAAGAAAACAUCCCAUCCCGGGAUCCCCGGUUCACACUGUGGUUGCGGACCCACAGCAAUGUGCAAACUGGCCCCGGUUUCCCCACGUCAGGGUUAACUUAGGCGCGUUCACGCGUGGCCCUGGGUGAGGAUUCCUGAAGUACCGUUAUAUCCUCGCCAUAGACAUCCAACACAGGCAGCAUCGACGAAAUACGCGCAACGACCAGCCGCUACCGUAGCUGUCUGUCUCUUGGCCGGAGUGUGAUUUCGUGCUCUUGCGAGGAAACUGAAUCGCAGUUUGGACUGAGAUGGAGGACUUCUGCACACACACUUCAUGAGGAGAUGCUUCAGGAGAAGGUCCCGGCUGUGACAGAUGAAGGGGUUACUGAGCUUGCACCUGAGUCCGCACACCUCAGCCUGGCUCCGGCCGCCAGCACUCCACACAGCAAUGAACCUGACCAGAACAUCGAGAACAUCAAGGUGUUCCUUCACGAGAGGGAGCUGUGGAAGAAGUUUCACGAAGCGGGGACCGAGAUGAUCAUUACUAAAGCAGGCAGGAGGAUGUUUCCGAGCUACAAGGUGAAGGUAACAGGGAUGAACCCGAAGACCAAGUACAUCCUGCUCAUCGACAUCGUCCCGGCCGACGACCACCGCUACAAGUUCUGCGACAACAAAUGGAUGGUGGCAGGGAAGGCUGAGCCUGCGAUGCCCGGGAGGCUGUAUGUCCACCCUGACUCGCCCGCCACGGGAGCCCACUGGAUGCGCCAGCUGGUCUCCUUCCAGAAGCUGAAGCUCACCAACAACCACCUGGACCCUUUUGGCCAUAUCAUUCUCAACUCCAUGCACAAGUACCAGCCGCGGCUGCACAUCGUGAAAGCAGAUGAGAACAACGCAUUCGGCUCCAAGAACACGGCCUUCUGCACGCACGUCUUCCACGAGACCGCCUUCAUAUCGGUCACGUCCUAUCAGAACCACAAGAUCACGCAGCUCAAAAUCGAGAAUAACCCCUUUGCCAAGGGAUUCCGGGGCAGCGAAGAGGGUGACAUGCGAGUGUCCCGCUUACAGAGUAAGGACUACCCUGUUAUAUCAAAGAGCAUCGUGAGGCAGAGGCUGGUUUCUUCACACGGGCAUUUCGCAGGCAAACUGGGGGCAGGGGUCCUGCCAGGACACCCGCAGGCCAUCCCUCACUACCAGUACGAGAGCGGCACACCCCUGCCGGGCAGCGACCCUCCGGACCCCCUGGUCACUCCCCUGCCUUCCACCCGUGAGCCCGGCGUGCUCUACCACUGCUUCAAACACAGAGACAGCGCCCGGCCCCUGGAGCUGGGGUGCAAGCGCCCCUAUCUGGACCCAGCGCCGCCCCCCGUCCCGGAGGAGCACUACUUCCGCCCCGCCCCCUCCUACGAGCCGCCCCUGCUGUCCCACUCGUACUGCGGCGAAGCGCUGGGCUCCCGGGACGCCUGCAUGUACGGCGGUGCCGAGGGCGAGGCGGCGGCGGCGGGGGGCGGCGGCGGGACCGAAGACCUGCCCCCACCGCCCCCGUCCCUGAACUGCAACAUGUGGGCGUCUAUGCCCCCCUACCCGGGGUACAGCGUGCAGACCGUGGAGGCGGUGUCCUACCAGCCCUUCACUGCCCACUUCGCCAGCACCGCCACCGCCAUGAUGCCCCGCCACCCCGUUCCCAUGGCAACGCAGCUCCCGCCCCCCGCGUCGCCCGACCUGGGCGCCUACAGCAGCCCUCCCGCGCACAGGGGCCCACACUCGUCCUCCUCUUCCUCCUCCUCGCCCCCCGCCCCGAGCUCGCGGGACAGGCCCCCCGCCUCCCUGUAUCAGAGAAAGCCCGGCUCACCCCCGCUGCCAGCCAGGGACUUCCCAGCAUUCACCCCUCCUCCGAUCCGCGACCCCUCCUACCAGUAUCACCUGGGGCUGAGCGGCGCUGGGGCUCACUGGACCGACAGCUAGUGGGGGCCGCCCCCUCUCAGU